UUUUGUUAUAUACUAAAUUGUUUAAUAUUAAAAAAGUAGAGACUAAACGGUAGAUUUUAUUAAAUUUCAGAAACUAUACUAUAAAAUACUAAUAAUUUUAGCUGAAUAAAUAGACUCAUUCAAAAUGAACAUGCAUAAUAAAACAGAAGGUGAAGCCAAGCAUGUGGAGAGAGGCAGGGCAUGCAUAAUAUGGGGAUGAAUGGUCACGUCAAAAUAACGUUUUCUAUGCAAAAGAUGAAAAUAAUCAUGCAAUUGCUGUUAAUUUGAAGCCAACUGCAUGUCUUUCAUGCCUCUCUCUCACUAGUUAAACGUUUGCUUCAAUCUUCUCUUUUUCUACCUCUUCUCAAUUACACAACAAAACAAAGCUAGCAAAUCCCAUCACCAAAUUACAUAAACCCCCCCAUCUUCCUCUUCUUUUCGCCGUUUUCGCCCAUGGGGAGACCUCCUUGCUGUGAUAAAUCCAAUGUGAAGAGAGGUCUCUGGACUGCAGAGGAAGAUGCAAAGAUUCUUGCUUAUGUAUCUAACCAUGGGAUUGGCAACUGGACUUUGGUGCCCAAGAAAGCAGGGCUUAAUAGAUGUGGGAAAAGCUGUAGGCUGAGAUGGACAAAUUACUUGAGGCCUGACCUCAAGCAUGACAACUUCACUCCUCAAGAAGAAGAGCUUAUUAUUAAUCUUCAUAAGGCUGUAGGUAGCAGGUGGUCUUUAAUUGCAAGACAACUUCCUGGAAGAACAGACAACGAUGUCAAGAACUACUGGAACACUAAGCUUAGGAAGAAGCUCACCGAGAUGGGAAUUGAUCCUAUAACUCACAAACCCUUCUCUCAGAUUCUCUCUGAUUAUGGCAACAUCAGUGGCUUAUCAAACCCUAGAAACCAAAUUGCUUCUUUCAACAAAAACUUGAACUCCAAUCUCAUUACCAAACCAGAACCUUCUUUUGUCUUAACAAGUUCCAACAAUGUAAUACUGAAGCAAGAAAAUUCAUGGGAACUUCUUCCUCAGUUUCAGGCCACCAGCCAUGAACUUGUCCAACCACAUUUGUUUAAUGAGGUUAGCUCUUCUAGCUCAUCUUCAUCUUCCACUAGUGUUGCACAAUCCCAGCCUCCAUUAACACCAUCUUCUCCUAGUUUAUGGAGUGAGUUUCUUCUCGGUGAUCCUCUAGUGUAUGUGGACUUUCAACAGCAGCAGCAACAGAAGCAAGACUCUCUUGGGGCAAUUUCAUCAACCUCCAAGCAGAUUGAUAUGUUGUUCCAAGGCAAGUUUGCUAGUGGGAAUGAGGAUUUUGGAUGGUAUGAUCAAAGGGGAAUCUAUGGUGAUGCAUCUUCAUCUUCUGCAAGUUCGUUUGUGGAUGGUAUCUUGGAUAAGGAUAGAGAAAUGGGAUCUCAAUUUCCUGAAAUUUUAGAUCCUUUCUUUUGAUUACUAAAGAAUUUUAACCACAGAAAAUAAGUACUGAUUUAGGAGAAAAUUUAAUGAAAGAUUAAUUUUGAAUUGCAGACAUGUAUGCUUAAGAAUUUGGUAAGAAAAUUUCAAAUUCACAUCGAUGCUUCAAGCCAUAUAUAGAUUGAGACAAGCCAUUGUCGUUCUUUGGGCUUUUUAACCUUUUUAUUGUGUUAAAAAUUUUAAUUACCAUAAAGUGUUUACACAGCAGCGAA